UACUCCCUUUUUUUAGAGGAAUUUCGUGGCCAUUAGCGAAAAUACAAUCGUGUGUUAUUUUCUACCUCGGCGUGUUUACAUUUACGAACUAAUUACCUCGACAGCAAUAUAAAUAGGGAAAAAAAACAAGUGGCCAGAGGUAAAAGCAGGUCGGUUUGUUUUUCUUAUCAGAGCUUGGUAUCCCACACGAAGCAAAUGUUUAAACUCAAAUUCCUAGCCAAACGAACAUAAAAUAACGUCGAUUAUCUUCGUUCGUGAAAUUUCAAAACCGAAAAAAAAUUCGUUCGCACAUUGUUCGUUGCCCGUGCGGCUCAAAAUAAGUUUGCGGAUAAAUGUCUCUCCGUCGGGGUCAUGAUCUCGAUUUUCAUUACGCCAUACGACCGAGGAGAGCUGAACACCGGACGCUGGAUUUUAAUUCAACGAAUUUCAUUUGAUUACAGUAAUCAAGAGUCGUGAUUUUAUAAAUUACCGAGUUUGCGGCCGGUGGAACAACGAAACUCUGUUCUCAGGCUGAACCAGUUUUUUGCUUAUCGAUUCCCAGGCCAGACUAGUUAUUCCUGGCCGACUUUUUCGACUCUUAGGAUAAACUAGUUCUCCUGUAAAUUGGUUUUGAUGGGCUAAUUCUUCAAAUAAGCGAAUCUGCUUUUUCAUUUUGCUCAUUUGCCCAAUUUCCUAAUAAAUUAUUACUUUUUUUGCCCGGUUUUCCAAUUUGACUAGUUUAGACUGCCCAAGUUGUAGGAAAAACUAGUUUAGACUGCCCAAUUUUUAGGGAAAACUAGUUUAGACUGCCCAAGUUGCAGGAAAAACUAGUUGGGCGCAGUUAGUUUGAAGGAAAAACUAGUUUACCCGCCCCCUUAGGAAGAUAAACUAGUUUUGCCUGACGAUUUUGCCAGUUAAACUAGUUUUGCCGGCCCAAGGCCUGAGCCUGCGCAUCGAGUAGUCCGAACUAGUUUGGCCUCCGAAGCUUAAAGGAUAACCUGGUUCGGCCGGUCCCAGUGAGUGGGCUGAACUAGUUUGGUCGAUAGAGUUUUCAACAUAAAGUAGUGCACGGAGCCUCAAAAGCUGAGUGAUUGAGAAUUAUUAGAAUUUCAAUAUCUCGAAAAACUGGUUGCGCCAUCAGUGUAUUGCAGAGAGCGGAACGAGAACGGAGACUACGUGUGCGUGCGCCACAUGUUGUUCCGUCUUACUUCUUAUCAGUGUUAUUGACACGUUGGCUACGUAAUCAUGAAUUUCUUUCUGGUAUGGAUUAUAAUACGAGAAUUAUUCACAAUAAAAAUCACGCAGUGAAAAGACAUACGAUCGUGCUAUAGUGAAGCGAAUAACAUGUUGAACUUUCAUUGAGAAAACACUCACUAUUGUUAACAGUACGAAACAUUAUUUCAUUUGAAAUCUGUGUGCUUAUAAAUUUUCUGGUAAUUAUUCGAGUGAAGAAUCAUUUCGUCGGGCGUAAACAGCAAUCGGAGAAUGGCUUUGCGUGUUUCAGCGUUCGUGCGACUGGGCAAAGUCGCCUGUGCUGGAAGUGGUCGGUUUCUCUCGCUCAGCUCGGCCAAAUAUGGGACUGUCGUACCUUUCAAAUUGUCCGACAUCGGCGAGGGAAUACGCGAAGUUACCAUUAAAGAAUGGUUCGUAUCACCAGGCGACAAGGUAGCCCAAUUCGAUCAAAUCUGCGAAGUGCAAAGUGACAAAGCAUCGGUAACGAUAACGAGUCGCUACGACGGUCAUGUUCGAACGCUUCAUUACAAGAUCGAUGAAACAGCGUUGGUGGGUGAUUCCCUCGUGGAUAUCGAGUUAUUGGACGAUAUUCCGGGUGUAACGACGGACGAUCAGAUAAGAGCGGAAGCCGGUGAAAAUUUGGCCGCGAGUGCACCGCCGAAUGUUCAUCUCGCGCACGUCAAUCACGACGACACGAAUGUUGAAUCGAUUAAAAAAUUCCUCACCACGCCGGCGGUGCGGCGAAUCGCUUGGGAGAAUAAUAUCGAUCUCGGCGAGGUCACUGCGACCGGUAAAAAUGGCAGAGUUCUCAAGGAAGAUUUACUUGGCUAUUUGGAAAAAAAAUCCCCCGGGAAGAGCUCGACGGCGACAGGAUUUCGUGCCAAUUUCGUUACAAGCCCUGAUCAAUCUGCUAGCGGAAUUGUCUCUCUCAAAGGCUACGAAAAAUCCAUGUGGAAAUCCAUGACUCAGUCUCUCAACAUACCUCAUUUCGUCUACAGCGAUGAGUGUGACGUGACGAAACUCGUGCUUUACAGAAGUGAGGUAAAGGAUCACAUGAAGGAGCAAGGAAUCUCGUUGUCAUUUAUGCCAUUUUUCAUAAAAGCAGCAUCGCGGGCAUUGCACGAAUUUCCUCGAUUGAAUUCUUGGCUGGACGAAAGUUCCCAAACGCUUAAACUCCUCAAAGAACACAAUAUAAGUAUUGCAAUGGAUACACCGGAUGGUUUGGUCGUUCCGAACAUAAAAAACGUGGAGAAUCUCAGUAUUUCCGAGAUCGCUAAAGAAUUGAAUAGACUUCAAGAACUUGGGAAAAAAUGUAGCAUUCCUUUGGGUGACAUUUGUGGAGGAACAUUUUCUCUGUCGAAUAUUGGCGUCGUUGGAGGGACUUACACGAAACCAGUGAUUCUCCAGCCCCAGGUGGUGAUCGGUGCAAUAGGAAAAGUCCAAAAACUGCCGAGGUUUGACAAGCUACAAAACGUGAUUGCGGCGGAUAUAUUGACGGUGAGCUGGGCGGCGGAUCAUCGAGUGGUGGACGGCGUGACGAUGGCCAAAUUCUCAAACCGUUGGCGACACUUCGUGGAGAAUCCUUCUCAUUUACUUUUAUAAGAUAAAACACAAAUAAAAUCAAAUAAAUUAAAUAAUUGAAUGUAACGUACAAAUAAUGUUUCGCCGUUCAAAUGAUUUUUCUUGAGCGAGAGGAAAAAAACAUUUUUUUUUAUAUGCCAAUGUUGAGAAUAAAAAGAGUGGAGGAUCAUACGCAUUGGUCCUUGUAUCCUGCUUAUA